CGGACUCUUCCUCCAGCUGCCGCGCCGUUGCAGAAGCAAACACCUCCUCUUUUCCUCGUCGAGACUUUUCAGCGCCCAGUAAACCACCAUGUUCAGGAACAAUUACGACAACGAUUCCGUCACCUUCUCGCCGCAAGGCCGAAUCUUCCAGAUCGAAUAUGCCGGCGAGGCCGUAAAGCAAGGUUCAGUGGUCGUCGGAAUUGUCAGCAAAACACACGUCGGCUUGUUCGCCGUCAAGCGAAACGCAGAGGAACUGUCGUCGUACCAGAAGAAGCUUUUCGAGAUUGACGAGCACACCGCCAUUGCCAUUGCCGGCCUCACAUCAGAUGCUCGCGUCCUGUCCAACUUUAUGAAGCAACAAUGCCUGGGCCACCGCCUCACCUACGGCCGCCCGAUGCCCAUACACACGCUGGUUGGCCAGAUUGGUGAGAAGGCACAGAUCAACACCCAGGUCUACGGCAAGAGGCCGUACGGCGUUGGGCUGUUGGUUGCUGGCGUCGACGAAAAUGGCCCCCACCUGUUCGAGUUCCAGCCAUCGGGCAUGACGGAAGAGAUGGUUGCAUUUGCCAUUGGCGCACGAAGCCAAAUGGCCAGAACAUAUCUGGAGCGGAACAUAGACUCGUUUGCCAAUUGCUCAAAGGAGGAGCUGGUCAAGCACGGAUUAAGGGCGCUCAAGGAGAGCUUGGUACAGGACAAGGAGCUGACGGUCGAGAACACAUCUGUGGGAUUGGUGGGCCUGAAAGAGGGACCCAACGGCCGACCGAAUGUCGAGCCUUUCAAACUAUAUGACGGCUUCGAGACCAAGGAGUGGAUUGAGAGCGUCAAGGAAAGCCAAGGAGGUGAGGGCGAGGGUGAGGGCGAGACUACGGCCGCGGGCGAGGGCGAUGGCAUGGAGGUUGACAGCUAGACGACAUAUGGAGUUUGAAGAAGCCGUGAGGAAGGAUUUAGAUCAUGCAUCACUGGAGGCUGCUCGAACAGCCCGAAUUGUGAAGCUUGCUACGAACGAAGUAAUAAAAAAAGAAGAUACCUAAUCAUGACAUUACUCCCGUCCCAUGACGUAACUAAAACCUGUCUAUGGAUAUAUAUAUGUCUUUGAUGGAAAACCCUCUCUAUACUGUACAUCAUAACCAGGCAUUACACAUGAUAGCCGUUGGAAAAGGCGCCAAAUAAACAAAACAAAAACAAAACGUAGAACAGAGUGGAGUGGGAAAAAAGAAAAUGACACAGCAAAGAAAAAAAAAAAAAGAGACCCGAGUCCUAGCAAGCUCGUGAACAAAAAAGGUGCUUGCUGCAACUUGGAAUCAUGCGAAUAACAUUUGCCACUCUGUUUCUUUGGCCUUUUUUAUCUUUUCAAAACACACCCGUUUAUUGCGAUCCCCAUUCCAGCUUGAAAGUGCCCUCGCUGACCUGGUAGUUCAUCAGCGCCAAGAUGGCGUCCUCGGCGGUCGUCGCCGUCACGAGAAUGUCCUUGUUGGGCAGCUUGACGAAGCCCUGCUCGACAGCCUUGUCGACCCACUGGACGAUGCCGUCCCAGUAGCCGUUGAUGUUGAGCAGGCAGAUGCCGCGCUUGUGGAUGCCCAGCUGGUUCCAGGUGACCGUCUCAAAGAGCUCCUCGACGGUGCCGUAGCCGCCGCUGAGGGCGAGGAAGCCGCUGCCCGGCCCGCCGGCGAAGACCUCCUCGGCCAUGAGCUUCUUGCGCGUGUGCAUGUCCUUGACGACGGUGGUGCGGCCGUAGGUGCUCUCGGUGGGCACGUACUGGUUGUUCACGUUGAUGGUCUGGUAGGUGUUGUUGCGCUCGUACUUGACAAGGGCCUCGGGGAUGAUGCCGUGCACGGCCUCGGGGCCCUUGAGCUCGCAGAGGGUUUUGGCGACUUCGCCCAUGAGGCCGACGGUGCCGCCGCCGUAGACGAGAUCAAUGUCGUUCUCAGCCAUUACUCUGGCGAGCUCGCGGGCUGUUUCCAUGUGCUCGGCGUCGUUGCCGCCGCUUGAGCCACAGUAUACGCAAAUCUUGGUGCGAGGCGUGCCAUUGGCGUGGCCGUUGGAAGAGCCGUUGGAAGAGCCGUUCUGGCCAGUUGUGAUGGAAUCAGCAGUCAUGGUGGGGGUUGUGAUGGAUGGUUUGCCGUGGGUUGAAGGAAAUAGACAGGAGGCGAAAAAGGCUUUGUAAUGUUGUCGUCCGAUAUAGAAGAGAGAAAGUUGAAACUAUAUGGUCCGAGGGCCUCUUAGAUGGCGAGUUAUAAGCCACAGACAAAGUCUCAGGCAAAGGAAUGGUAGAUGGGGUAUGGUUUUAGAAGAAGAAUGAUUUGAGCCAAAUGGCAAAAGAGCGAAGCUUCCAAGAAUGUAUCCCGUUGCAAGGCAACUCCAAAAUCUCUCAGUCUCGUUCGAAAGAAUAGAAACAAGAAGAACGAAGAGAU